GGAAGAGAGACGGUGCUGGAUUGUACCUGCUAUAAUAUUAUAAAUAAAGUUCAAGUGAGCAACUAUAUUGCUCUAACCGUCCACUAUUUAUAGUUCAGGAAGAAACGGACUAGACUGAAAAAGAACUUUCACGAACCGAAAAGGAGAACGAGCGACAAAGUCAACUACUUGACGCUGUUAUCAAGAAGCAUCAAGUAGAGCAGAGCAGGAGCAGACAUUGGUGAAGAACAUCUUCUUCAGCAGGAGUGGAACUUCACGAUGGAAUAUAUUAAAAAGGAAGGGGAAGAUGUGGAUCCACAACCCCGCCGCGUUAAACAGGAAGAGGGGGAGCCAAAGCACCCCCACAUUAAAGAGGAAGAGGAGGAUAACAGCGUCAGUCAGGAAGGAGAGCAUCUUGAAGGACUGGAGGAGUUCCUAGUGAUUGGUGUUCCUGUGAAGAGUGAAGAUGAUGAAGACAAAGGUGAAAGUGAGGAGAAGAGAGAGGUGGAGCCUCCAAGCAGCAGCUCAACUCAUCACAUGACAACAGAAGCUGAUGGAGACCACUGUGGAGGAUCACAAGCAGACAACCUCUUAGCUCCACUAUCAGAUAGUGACGACAUAACGUCACACUCUUCUGAUACUCAUGAUGAAGACUCUAAAGCUGAGAUGACAUGUCACACUGACAACACACGUCAUAAAUGCUCUCAAUGUGACAAAACUUUUGCUAACAAUAGAAAUCUGAACAUACACAUGAGAUGUCACACAGGAGAGAAACCCUUUGCCUGCUCAGUUUGCGGUAAAAGAUUCAUUGAUAAGUCAAAUUUGAAAUCACACAUAAGAAUGCACACUGGAGAGAAACCUUUUCAUUGCACAGUGUGCGGUAAACAAUUCUCUCGGCGGUCAACUUUGAAAGCACACAUAAGCAUGCACACCGGAGAGAAAGCUUUUCCUUGCACGGUGUGUGGUAAAAGAUUCAUUUAUAAAGGUGACUUAAAAAGGCACACAAGAAUACACACUGGAGAAAAACCUUUUCCAUGCACGUUGUGUGGUAAAAGUUUCUCUCAAAAAGUAGUUUUAAAAACACACACAAGAAUGCACACUGGAGAGAAACCUCAUCCUUGCAUGGUGUGUGGGAAAAGUUUCUUUCAAGCAAGUGAUUUAAAACGACACUCAAGAAUACACACUGGAGAGAAACCUUAUCCUUGCAUGGUGUGCGGUAAAAGAUUCAAUCAAAAAGUUGUUUUAAAAACACACACAAGACUACACACUGGAGAGAAACCUCUUCCUUGUACGGUGUGUGGUAAAGGAUUCUCUCGACAGUCAUCCUUGAAAGAACACAAAAGAAUACACACUGGAGAGAAACAUUUUCCUUGUACAGUGUGUGGUAAAAGUUUCUCUAAAAAGAUAUCUUUGAUAGGACACACAAAAACACACAAUAGAUAAAAAAAUAAAAAAAUCUUGUUCAGUGUGUGGUCAGCAAUUCACAAAUAUUCCAAACUUGACUGACCACAUAAGAAUCCACACUGGGGAAGUUUUUUGAAAGGACGCUAGGAUUUCAGAGCUGGAUUUCAAAGAACACAGUACGGGAGCUACGAAUAAGCAAGACAGUGUUACCCUUAAAAAAAACUAAAUUUGUGCAAAAGAAUGACUUAACAUUGGUAACUGACACGAUGAAAUCGUUGCAGUGUUUGUUAAAUUCAUCACAUGUAUGAACACACUUUUCUUCUUCAACAAAAUAAACGCACACAAGGGGGUUGCAUGGGUUUGAUUCCCAUGGCCAGGGUUUUGUCAGGAAGGGCAUCCGGUGUAAAAAUCUAAAGUCAAUCAGCUAGAAUGGUAUAAUACAGUAGGAAGAAAACGCAUGUAAACCUUUUGGAAUUUCAUGGUUUUCUGAAUAAAUUUGGCAUAAAUUGUGAUCUGUUCUUCAUUUAAAUCAAGGGCAUUGACAAAUACAAUGUUUUUUAAUUAUUAUUACUAACUAUAUAAUAGUGUUUAUUUUUUUUUCUUUAUUUUAAAAAAUAUUUUCGGACUAACAAAGUGAAAGGGGUCCAGAAAAUAUAACCAUAUAAAUAAAUAAGUAAACCAUAAGGGAUAUG